ACCUUCACUUCAUGCACAACUUCCACAGCGUUGUUGUACUGUUCCAGCGUUACGCCGGUGACGCAUAAGUCAUACAUCAUCGGUCGCAGUGUUUUCCUACUCGUUCUAGUAGUAGCAGUUCCUUUGUCUGUUGUAACCACGAUAUCGAACGCUUUUAGUUUCGCAGCAUCCGGAGCGCCCUUCGUUUUUCCAUUUGUGUUCUUCACUCGACACGUCUUCGUUUCGUGUUUGGUGUGCCGACAGCGGCGACUGGUGCUUUGUGGUUCGUGCACGCAGCGUCGACCUAAAUGUCUGAAGUAGAAGAGGCGACGGGCGACUGCGACACCGGUGGAGAUGUCGACUUCGCCGCGGACUUCUCGGGCCCGAGUGACUGGGAUGGUGAGACGUCUCUCGAGCAAGCGGCUGUGGAGAAUGGUAAAGAGCAAAAUGGUGAUGCUGAAGCAGAUGCGGUCGACGAGGAAAAACAAGCUGAAGCUGCCGAAACAGAAACUGAAAUGGCAGAGGAACAAAAGCUAGAUGAAACGGCUGGAGAAACUGAAACAGGGGCAGAAAAACAAAGUGAUGCAGCUGGGGCUGCUUCAGAGAGAGCUGAGGGAGAGCCUGCAACUGAGGAAAAGGACUCUGCUGAAAGCAAAAGUACCUACACGUGUGACAUGUGCAAAGAAACAUUUGAAGAGACUGAAGAGGAGCAUUUGAAGGGGCGGAAGCACCUCAAGCUGCUGGAGAGGCUCGAAAAGUUUGGCACACUGGAAGCAGUUGCUGCUGAGUUCCAGGCCAGUGUAUGCUACUUGUGUGACGUGUCGGCGGUCAGCAAGUCUCAAAUGGAGAUGCAUGUUAAAGGAGCCAAGCACAGGUUGCGGUGCGCCAAUCUCAGGCUUCCCCCUACAGCCUUGGAUCUCCCAGGCACGAAUCGAGCUGCGAAGUCACCCUCUAAAGCUGAGAGCAAUUCUGCUGGGCCUCCCGACCCAAAUGCUGUAAUGCCAGAGAGGCCUACGUGUGAUGUCUGUUGUAUAACAUUAAGCUCUGUACACCAGUUAGUGCAGCACCUCAGUGGAAAGCGACACAAGGAGGUCGUCAGUGUCUUGAAGCAGGCAGUGUUGUGGAUUCCACCAGAGGUGCGACCUCCCCAGUUGAGGGCGUUGUUUCGAAAAAAUGAUGGCAAGCCACCAACCGGCCCUGCCGUGAAACCAGCAGCUCCAGCUCCAAAGCCUGGCAUUGCUGUCCAGGGGCCUGCUGCGAAAGGAGUGAAAAGGCCAGCCCCUCCAGCUGAUGGACGUGCUACUGGACUUGUCAAGAAGCAAAAGCAAGGACCAGCUCAAAAGCCAUCGGAAGGUUCUGAGCUGAAGGGCGGAACCAAAGCUGGCGCCAACAAACCUGGAGGCCCACAGCAGAAGCCUGGAACACAGAAGGCUCCGUUACUAGGCAACAGAUCUAUCCUUGGAAAACAAGUACAAAAGGGUCAGCAGCAACCAAAACCAGUAUUCUGGUCUAAUGUUGGCCAACGCUCUGAACUGCAGUAUGCUCAGCGUGUGGGUGGUCCUCGUGAGAGUGUACCUUACGCUGGAAGAGGACGCCCACUUCUUCCAGGAGGGCCUGGCAGUGGUGGCUUUGGAGGUUCACGUCAUCAGGCCUUUAUUGAACAUGAAUUUGCACCAAGUGGCAGGCGCUACCACGAUGAGCCACAUCCUGAGAGCAGAUGGCAAGAUCCUUCUGCCCAACCUCACUGGAAGAGCCCCGUAUUACCAGAGCCAGCACCAAGUGCCGGCUUUGGUCUCUUGGACCCUCCUUCCCCAGAACCGAGGGAGCCAAGGCCGUAUGGCUUGUCUUCACCACAAAAAAUUUCAAAGGCUCAACUAGACCUGGCGUUGGAGAUCAGCAAACUUUCUCAGCAUUUGUCUAGACCAGAGUUCAGUAAGGAGCUCAGUCAGCAGCUGAGCCAUCACAUAAGCCAGGAACUGAGCCGCCAGCGACAGAUGGCCUCUGAUCGUCGAGGUCGAGAAGACUUCAUGCGAGACGAAUUUCCGCUGCCACGUAGUGAAAGAAUGCCACUGCUUGGUGACGUGCUGCCGCUGCUCGAAAAGCGCCCACUGCUUCAUGACCAGCCUCCUCUGCUGCCCGAUAAAGGCCCGCUUCUGCGCGAUUCUUACGAAGACCACGCACCAAGACGGCCACCUCUUCUUGGAGAUUCAAGACCAGGCUUUGACGACCGGGAGCAGGCUUACCACUUUGACAGAAGGGAUGAGAGAAGACCUGGACUUGAUAGUUAUGGCGAAAGAAGAAGCCAUGACUACUCUGAUGACUAUGGGAAAGCCUAUGCCCGUGAUCUGCCUCCUAGAAAGCCUGCCGAUUAUCGUCGGAGUGAUCGUUCAUCUUCCGGAGGACUUCUUGGCAAACCUCCUCUGCUAGGCUCUCGUUUCUGAUCAUCAAAUGCGUGUCACUUGAUUUGAGAACAUUUCUGUUCCUGCAAGCACUUUUUCAUUUUUCUUUUGUUGAUCACUGGGUGGCAAGCAUUCUCAUUUUUUUUUUGGCCAAAGCGAAGUUUGGUUUAGUCUGAAAUAAAUGAUGAAACACAUA